UAUUUGUGGAAAAAAUGGACACAGACGGGGAGAAUCCUGAUUAUGAACUGGAUAUUAGUCCGGAGAAUCUCUGCCGCAUUUGUCUGGCUCAGGAUCAGGCGGUCAAGACGAUUUUCUGCAGUGAAAUAGUUGAUGGCAACAUUGUGAACUUUCCCGCUGUCAUUGAGAGUGUCCUGGACAUCAGGAUUGCCCAGGAAAAUCACCUACCGGAGAAGAUCUGCACGAAUUGCAGGAAGAAAGUGAGAGAUUUCUACAUAUUCAAGAAAAAAUCCCAGCAGAACGACAGACUUCUCAACAGACUCUUUGGCCAAGAGACGCAGGAAGCUGAGAAUGAUGACCAGCGGGAAGAAUUUGAGGAGGUGAAGAGCAAGGAAGACGUCGAGGAAGAUGUGGUGGAAUCCCUGCCAGAGUGCCAAAAUUGCGGGGUGAUUUUCGCCAGCAAUGAGGAUUUCUUGGAACACAAGCUGAGUUGUUCUGUCCUCAUUCAGUGCUUCUACUGCAGUGAAUUGUUUCCGGACGAGGUGAAUGUGAAGCAGCACAUCGAGGAAGCUCACAGAGAACAUAUUCCCGACGAUGCAGAGGUGGAAGUCACUGUGGAUGAGAUAAAAGAUGAAAUGAAUGAAAUCCAGACAGAAGAAGCUGAAGCUGCAGACAAUAUUGCCUCUCUGGAAGGAUUGUGGCAUUGCUCUCUCUGCCAGCUGAAAUUCAGUUCAGUUGAGCAGUUUCAACAACACGAGGCUUUCCACCGGAAAACCUUCCCAUCCGUUCUGUCCAACAUUCCCAUGUACAAGUGUGCAAUUUGCUGCGUGAUCUUCCUGGAAGUGACGCAACUUCAUGAACACUUCGAAGCCAACGAGUGCAUCAGUUUGCAGAUCAGUCAUGAGAAUGUGACCUACAUGGAGACAAAGUUCCUGAAUGGCUGCAACGAGGAUGACCAGGACUGUGGGAAUUUAAGGAAGCUUUCGUCCAUCGAGAGACAGCGGAAUUUGAAGCUGCGAUGUGAUUACUGUGGCGCUUCCUUCACCAAUUUCCCUGCCAUUCUUCAACACAGCUCGAGUGUUCACACAGACGAUGCGGAAAUUGAUGAGGUUCUCCAUCAGUGCGGAAUAUGCCUGGAUGUCAUGUCCAACCAGAGAUCCACCAGAGAGCACCUUUACCUGAAUCAUUGCAAAAGCUUUGACUGUUUCAUCUCCAACUGCGAUAAGAGCUAUCAGACCUCCAGCAAGCUGUUCCAGCAUCAGUUUCGCUUCCACAGCGAAAGCCAGGUGAUGCAGUGUACUCACUGCAGUGCAACUCUACACUCAAAUACGGACUUCACGCAUCAUCUGCGGAAUGAGUGUCCUGGAAGGAAGUACAAGUGCUCAAUGUGCAGCAAGAAGUUUCUCACGAUCCAGGGGAAGAAGCAGCACGAGCUGAUUCACCAGCAGGACAAGCAAUUCGAGUGUUCUCUCUGCUCCAAGCGAUUCAUCUCGCGUAUUGAACUGAUCGUGCACAAUAGACUGCACAGCGGAGAGAAGCCUUACUCGUGCAGCCUCUGCCCGAAGACGUUCCGUACGCUGAGCAACAAGAAGGAUCACAUGUCCACGCACAUCAGCGAGAGGAAUUACCGGUGUGAAGUGUGCAAGUCCUUCUUCAAGUCUGAGCGCACUCUCAAGGGCCACGAAAAGAUCCACACGGACAGCGUCAAGACGCACAAAUGCUCCCAAUGCGCCAAGAUGUUCCGGCGAAAGCAGCAUUUGUUGGCGCACAUGAAAUUACACGUGAAGAAGUAAAUAUAGCGAAUAUUUUUCAUCCUCGAGUGAAGAUUUUCCUUUGCCAUGGAAGAUAUUGAGACAAUUCGUGGGACGU